ACCGGGUCGCGAUAAAAUGGCUCUGACUUACGUGAUCUCUUCGCUUCUCCUAUCUGUUGUUGUUGCAAAGCCAUUGUCGGAUACUCCUCCGCAAUGGUCUAACGCUUACACCGUCUCUGGCGUGCUGCGCUUGCCAUAUGCUGAAAUCGUGGAACCUAUGGCGGUUUGGUUUGACGGUGAAAAUGGCAGGAGCAGGAUCGAUUAUUAUUCAGGUGAGACCUUCAGAUUCAGGAAACGUCGCCAAGCCAUCAUCUUUCUUUCCCACAUCAUUUAUAUUAAGUUUUCAAAUUAGUGGGAGUGCAAGGUCCGCCCUGUUUGCCCUCAAGUGAAAAUAUCAUUUAAGUAUUCCACACUUUAGGUUACUUGCCUGGGACACGCAACUAAUUAACAUUUCUAUGGGCGCUUUAUGCUGAUUUCGCACAACCAGCGCAUCUAAAUUCAAGUCCAUCUCUGACUAAACUGUUUUGUUUUGUAUAAAAUGUUCUCAUCUCCGUGACUUUUGAUGAGUACAACGUCGCUUGGGCAAAUAGAAGUGGACAUUUAGUUCCGUUGUCAAUAGUCCAGAGACUCCCUCUAUUAUUUUAAGUAAACUUUUCAAAAGCCUGUGAGGAGUUCAAAUGAAGCUGUGGGCAGUAAAAAUCAACUAAUUGGAGCUCUAUUUUUAGGCUUAGCAAAUAUUUUCAGUUUCAUAAUGAACUCAUACCAUUGGCGUUUUGUAAUUAUGAGUACCAAUGAAAACUUUGGGAUAAAUUGUUUCCUUCUUGCAAGGGUUGGACAUUACAAUUCAGCGAGAAGAUGUAGGGAUGUUUGGUUCAAGUUACAGAGUCUGUCCAGAGACCACUGAGACUGAGUUGAAUGUGAAAACCUGCUUUCAAGUGAAUGGAACCAAGGAUGCCCCAGUGAAAAUACAGUCAGUUUUACCUGACCUCUCAAAUUUCAAGGCAAGUUGUACAAUGUUAUGUAAUCUUUGAGGAAAUGUGUGAGGGAGUUAUCAGUCAAAAAUGGUUUCAAUGCAACUGGGCUUCAGAUAAAUAUGUCAUGUUGCUGUUAGUCCUCUUGAAGAUCAGUUUUUGAAGUUAUCUUCACUAUGGCAUUUUGCAGGAAGAAUACCUUACUCCAUGCAUGCAAAAAAUUUGUAAUAAAGUUUUGGUGUCCCAUAGUUGUACUAAAUACUGAAAAUGCACACUUCCUAUUACUUCAAGUAAGAAUGGAAUCUUAGAAACAUCAUUUUUGGUUAUAACUAUUUGUUGUCUAUGGGAAAAUUUUGUUAACGAGGACACUGUUGGAUGAGCAUUAUGAAAAGAGUGAGUCUCAUUGAUAGUCAGUCCUAAACAUAUCUCAUUUGUUAAACAGAGUAAUGAGGUAAAAAUUGUUGUUUGUUUGUGUUUUCAAAUUUUUUUCUCCAGUUUGGUGGCUAUGGUGACUGUAUUGUAGGCAACUGUACAGUAUGGACUUACACUCAAACAGAACAACACAAAGUUAACACAUACAACAUGUAUACAUCCCAGUCUGAACCACCAAAUCCUGUUCACUAUGAAAUGUUGGGCUACGACACUCUUUUGGGUUCUCACUAUGACAAAUAUUUGAUUGAUUUUCUGGAUUAUUCACCUUUAAUGCCACCUGCUAAAGUGUUUGAGAUCCCAGGUUUGUUUGUUUGUUUGUUUGUUUUGCUUGGUCUGAUAACAUUUUCUUUGACCCUUUCAUUCUCAAGAUCUCAUUAGUAAUUCUCUUUACUGCCUGCUAUACAAUUCUUAAGGUAUUAGUUUGGAGAAAUUAGUAUUGGAUCAACUGAUUAUCCCCUGCGUAAUAUUUUACUUUAUUCUUAUAACUCAUCUGCAUGAUAUUGUAUAGAAUGCUCUAAGGAGAAAUUCUGCAUUGGUCACUCAUGGGAGUUAAAGGAUUAAACUUUCUCAUUUGAACUUUUUGGCUAUAGUGAGUUAUAAAUAUCACUGAUUAAAAAAAUCAUUAUUUUAUUUAAAGACAUUCAUGUGCUUAAUUGUUGUUUUAAAUUGUUUCCUUGUUCAAUCAGGUAUGACUUGUAGAGGUUUCCCUGGACCUGGGGCAAUGACAAGCUUAUUGGCAAACCCUAUGCAAGAGUUUGUUGAACCCUAUGGCCAUGAAAAAGUACAUGAGCUGUUUGAACACUUCCUGAUAAAGCACCCCAAAAAAUAUGCCAACACAGUGGAGAGGGAGGAACAUCACAGGCGCAGAGAUAUCUUUAGGCAAAAUUUGAGGUAAGAAUUAAAGCUUUGAUAUUUGAUGAUGGUGUGCUUUGCCCUGUAGUUUACAUGAUAAGUUGACAGAUUUAGUUAAGCUGCCCCUGUCAAGUUUGGUUUUUACAUCUGUGCAAGCAAUUUUGCACUAUGAUGCAUAUGCACAAAGUUUUUCUCCAGUAUUUAAGGAGGCCUCACAAACAUCAAGAAGCUCAUGAUAACAUUCUUUGUAGGUGAAUAUUUAUUGAAACUCAUCCCCUUUGAAUAAAAGCAAUAUUAUUUGUUUCUUGAGGGAUCCAUCCCUCAUCACAUGUUUGUAAAUUAAUUUGAGGGGUCCACCCAAGAUCACAAGCUCUCAAAUUAAAUUCGUUGUCUUGUUUCCAGAAACAUUGUACCAAAAUAACUAUCUACUUUUCACCAACAGUUGUCUAAAAAAUUAUUCUAGUUACUAUGCUUUGGUUGACAGAUUUAAUACUAAAAGAUUUUUUGAUUGGCUUACUAAAUAUACUGAAUUAAUGAUAAGAAACAAAUUGUGCAAAGAGUAUAAUAACAGGCACACAAGGUAUGGUCCAAGUAGACGUACAUGCAAUAUUUCAGGAAUUUGUUAUGAGGCCAAUAUGAGGUUCAGAGUUGAAUUUUUGAUUCUAAGAGGUGAGGAGUCUGUUCCAAGCUUAAGAGCAGUAGUAUUUGCUUAAAUUAUGAUACCAUGCCAGCGCAUGGGACUUAACUUCUAUAAGUAUUAUAAUUGUUGCGGACCAUUUUUUUAGUUGUCCUAAAUAGGCACUGAUGUAGUCAUGGUUAAUACUAUUGCUUUUUUUUUUUUCCCUAUAUUUUUUUUGAUAACUCUGGAUCCUAACAAUAGUACACAAAUGAAGGGUUAUGUCUUCAUAGGCCCAGACACAUCAUGUCCUACAAUGUUAGGGUUUUUUUUAACCCUUUACACCCAAACAUCAGUAUUCAUAUUCUCCAUACUGUUCUCUGUACAUUUACUAAGGUGCUGACAAGGAGAAUUUGUCAAACAAUCAAGAGUUUCUUUAGUUGCAGAUCAUUUCCUUUAUUCUCAUGACAUCAAUGUGUGAUUCAGUGGUGAUAUUGUAAGGAGAGAUUAGAUGUUAGUCACUCUUAGGGGUUAAAGGGUUUAACUCUUUUUAAAGCUCUGAAAAUUCUCAGUUUUAAUAAAUAAAAAUCAAACAUGAAAACAUUGAGCGAAAAAACUUGAAGGCAUAAAAUGUUUUCAAUCAUUCUUUGGAGUUCAUUGACAAGUCAAAACAAAGAGGACACACUAGUAGAUGCUGCUACUCGAGGUCGUUUAAUCGCGCUAUUGUUUCAUUCCUUUGAGUCUUCCUCCAAAAGAUCUCACCUGUUCCAGAACGAGUGAAUCCGAACUUAGUCAUUAGGCUUUCGGCGGUCCUACGUGGCCCCCGAAGUGACUACCCAAAGGAUUAAAUCGAGCCCUCUGGACAAAAUCCAGCGCUAACACCUAUUUCUGAAUGACACACUUAAAUCGACGUGGAGUUAAAUCUAUUGAACCCAGUGGAUGUUUACAAAAUCCAAAGUUGCUAAUACCUAAAUUCCUGAAUGACACCUUCACUUUGUUUUACCUCGACGUGGAAAGGGUUCAGGGAUGAGUUACACAGCAAAAGAGACAAUGUCUAUUCGAAUAUAGCGUCUCUAGAGCAAUCAGUGAGAUGUUUACUGACAGAGAUACACUUUUUUUGUAACGCGCUAUUUUGAGUUGAAUCACUCUCCCAUGCGGUUUUCCUUGGUGAAUCUGUUCUUGCGCUUGGGUUUGGUGAUGGCGAAGGGUUUGAUAAAUUUUUGUGUAACAGAGGGUAGAGAUUGCUACGCACGGUACCACUACAGCAAAAGAGAGACCAGCAGCGAUGCGGAAGUUGACCACUCUCCCCGACGGGCUCACUGUUCUCUUUACUGUUUUACAUCUUUGUAUCUGAGCCGCAAUUAUCAAUGCUCAACACUGAGCAAUGAUCACAGCAAAGAGUCCCCAAAAUGCAACGACAGACAUCAGGUAGGGGAAAAUAAGGCCCACUCCCAGAUCAGUGCACGCAAGACAAACGAGUAAGAUUUUCGAGGACGGAUGCAUCUUCUGGCGUGCCUUCAAAAAUGCAACGACCUGUUUUAAGAUAAGCAUCUUCUGGCGUGCCUCAAAGCCUGUUUCGCAAAAGAACUCUUGAGUUGUGCUUUGUUUUUCGCCGUCAGUUACGUUAGCCAUUUAUUUUCCAAGCAGGUUCUAUUAUCAAAGUCUCAUCUUUAAACUCGCGUGUGCUUCUCUUUCGUUCGGUGGGUGGCUUCUGAUUUGGCUAUUUCAGUACGUGAGCUAAAAACUUUACUAAGUGCGGUUUGCUUGUGACAGUGAUGAACAACUUAUUUCUGUGCCCCGUGAGAGCGAUGUUGAUAUUGGUUCUGAGUAGUUCUUAAAAAUAUGUAAGCAGGAAAAUGAUUUGUAAAUCGUUCAUUCUUAGACCACCAGCUUAGUUCCCCAAAAUUUUAAAUGCAACUGGAAAUGAAAGCUUUAAUUGCGCGAACAUAGAAAAACAACUUAAAGUUUAUGCGAAACCAUGGGAUUUGGGGAUCUUUAACGACGGAUGAAAUAAACAGAGGACUCAAAAAUUAAAACGGUCAUGUAAUUGGCGUAUUGCCACUUUAAUUGUGCUUCUAUCCAGACCAUAACACAUUACAGACAAUACAACGUGUUGGUCUAUCAAAAAACAAGAAAAUCAAACAUCCUCCUAAUCAAAGUCGGUGAUAAGAAGUGAAUUACAUGAUAAGCUCUCACGAUAAUUCAACCGAUGCUGAAUGGUUGGGUUUGCUGUUACGCUAUUGGAGACGUAGUCCGUGAAAAGUGAUUGGUCAACUGUAGUCCGACGUAGGACUAAAGCUCGAAACGUCAGCUGUUCAAUACUUUUAAAUCGUUUCGUUGGUCUACCAACGUUUAGUAUCUUGUCGUGGGUAAACAACCUAUUUUUUUACUUGCCCGCUCACGCAGUGUAACAGUUUCUUUAGCAACUAAAAUCCAUGCGUGGUUCGGUCGCUUCGGCACUCAUCAAAAAGCACACAAAAGAAAUCAAAGUUGCCUACUGAACGUAAAAUCUGCCUGUCGUUUAAUAUAAAUUUUUUUUGAGAAUUUUGUAGUCUGCUCUGAUUAUGAGCUUCAAGAAAGAGGGAAUUAGAUCGCACAAGUGUUUCAAGUUGAACACGAUUUUGUUUUUUAAAAACCAUUACUAAAAGACCUUACUUCGCCAUUUGUUUACCGAGUUAACUUGUGGAAACUGCAGAGGAUGUGGAAAUAAACUAUGCCUUAAAUAUGACGGGUUUCUGUUUCCGCCAGUUUUUAAUUAACUACUGUUUCCAUCUUAAACAAAUGCGAAUGAACUUUGUAUUUCUUAGAAAACGCUGUUAAGUUUGACCAAGAAACCAUGGAGGGCUAAGCUUUGAUCUUGAAGAGCAUUUUAGAUUGAUUAUCCCUUGCUUUACGACUCUUUGUGUUUGGUGCAGUAAACUCGCGCCACUGUGCUCUUAACCAAUAAGUUGAAGGGACAUGGUUGCCUACGUUUUCCCUCGCUUGAUGACGGUUUUGUGCGUUUACUGCGAGUUGUUUGCUCUCUGCCAUCUUUAUCGUAAUUCUGCUAGGACGCUUCGUCGAAAACGCUCCACGGCUGUUUUCGUUAGGUUGAAAAUAUGACUGACUACCGGCUUCGUAUAAGUGUGCUUGUAUCGAAAGUCAGUAGGAUGGGAACCUCCAAAGGAAAUCAAAUAGGCCUGAGUAAUCGAGGUUGCAAGUUAUGGAGGGUUCAAUCUUAAGAAAGUGGGCGUACAGUGACUCGUUCAAACCUGACAAGACGUUCAGAAAUUCUGUGUCUCUGCCACUGUUCUUACGCCGUUUGGUAGCGGUUUUCGUGAAAACGAAAACAUAAACAACUCUUUGCAUUUGGGGAUUAUUGACUUGAAAAACAACAAAACUGUCUGAUCGUUUCCUUCACAGCUUGCUUUACCUCCCUUAUCUUCCAGCAAUAGAGGAAAGGGUUCAGAGAUGAGUUGGAUAACAUCAGGGACACUGCUACAUCGAUAAUGAUCUUAAGGGUUGGUGUUAGUGAUUCAGUGAUAUAAUACGCAAUUGUGACUAUACCAAACGGAAGAUAACAAACCAGCAAUGUCACUUGCACCCACAGUGCACUGGACACUGUCCUUUUGUACCGUGCUAUAUUCAGAGGCACUCCUCUUGCGUUUGGCUGUCCCUGGUGAAUAUGUUCUUGAACUUGCUUCUGAUGCUUGGAAAGGCUGACAUAGAUCUUUGAGUAGCAGAAUGUAGAGAUUAUUAUACAUGACCCCAAUAAAAUGACGACGAUUCCAGCAUAAAUACGGAUGCUGUAAAAAGCUAACGUUGCAAAGAAAGCGUUUGAAACCCAAAAGGUGACAACGAGAAUCCACACUUUCCUCCAAGUUACUACAUGUCUGUAUCUUAGGCCUAAUGAUAUAGCGAGAAGUCUGUCUAUACUGAUUGCAGUCAGUGUAAACAGGGAUAUUGCGCAAAAUACUGAGCCCAUGGUAAGGUAAAAUCUGAUUAGAUAAAAACACCAUUCGGAGUUUACCGGAGACAUGGUAUAACCAAUACGUAAAGGGUGUAUUAUAAUCCCCACUCCUAAAUCGGUACAUGCUAGGCACCCGAGCAGAACUUUCGACGAUGAAUAAAGAGUAGUCACUUUUUGAAGGGCACUGAUGAUCAAAACAUUACCGAAAAUUGCAAUGAUUGCUAGGGGACCAGAUAACGAUGAAAUUAAUAUCUUCUGGCGUGGUCCGAUCGCUGUGCUGCAAAGCAACUCUUGAAAUGCAAUUUGGUUUUCAUGGCUCGUUAGGUUCGCCAUUUUUUUCUUAGCCAGUUGUGGCAGGAGUUAAUGUUCGGUCUGAUUAUUGUUAAAGGUCAGCGCUCUUCUACUUCUCCAUCGUUGGUUGCCAGCAAUUCUUUAUGUCUUGAUUGAAGGAAAUGUGUAUUAUAAUCUUUUAAUUGUGGAAAUUAAAGUGAGUAUUCGAUAUCUCUCAGUAACCCUUUAGCCCUAUUCGUUUCCAAGGUGACGAAAGCAAACCUUUUUCCAGCUGAGUCAAGAUUGGUAGAUCUUGAUAUAUGUGUUUUGUUUCAUCAACCAAGAAAAUUACAUCGGAAAAAUGUUAUUAAUUAACACAUUAACUGUUUCGGGAACGGAUACAAAAUUGAUUACAUCCGCAAAGAUAUUUCUCGGGUUAAUAUGACAAAUUAACAUCCCUGUUUCCGCUGAUGCUGCUUGCCUAGAUUCGUGGGAAAAACAUCCUUUGACGUUUCCAGAUUACCACUAAAUAGCGCUGUCAGCACCUAUUACCACCAACGCGUCUUACUUUCUCGCUGAAAUAGUCGAGAACAAAGCAUGACGAGCGAAAACAACAUAGUGCGAGGGCAGCGGAAGGAACUAUGGACUUAAAAUUUGCCUCUUCUUUAUAUUAAGGUUUUUAGACGUGCACUUUUGAAAGGAAAAUCCCAUUAGUCGCGUCAGAGUUGUCCACAGUGCUAACGGAUUUUUACGGGCUCGAUGAAAAUAGAGGCGGCCAAGCCGCGAAACGAGCAGCGGAGGUUUCCUAUUUUUAAUUGAAGGUUCACGGAUAACGUUACCAAUAUUUCUCUAAUGCACACUUACGUUAAUUCAAAGCUUCAUCGAUAUUGUUUGCCUGAUAGAAAAACAAUAAUCAAAAUUGCUCUCACUGCCGUUGGUAUCGGUCGAUUUGCACCUGUUUUUAUUGCGACAAAAUUAACCUUUAGGAAAGCUUGACAGAAGCGAAGUUUAGUUCUAUUCCUUGACUUGCUGAAAAUUUAGAACUCAAAUUAUGAUUCUCUUAAACGAAAUAUUAAGUUUAAAACAUAGUGUGUAAUAAAGUAAGGAUAGCUUGCAAAUUGUGAUCAAUCUUAAACAAGGAGUCGGUAAACUUUCCAUUUUAAGAGAAAUAAACUUAACACUCCCUAUUUCAUGUCAGCCGGUAAUUUUGGAGCAGAAUAACGUGGGUUUGUUUUAAAGUCAGAGAUUCGAUUCAUUUAGUAAACUCAGUACCGAAUGAUAUUGGCUAGGAACCUUACAGCUUUAAGUUAACUCCAAAAGUUUCGGUAAUAUUUCAAUCAUGAAAAGUAACUGGGAAUUGUGGAUUUUCCGGUACUGGUUUUGUGAGUUGUAUCUUACGUUGCUGUAACAAAUUUUAACAACCAAAAGAAGUACCUGUUUUCAAUUCAUGAUUGGCCUCGAGGAAAGGGAAAGCUUUAAUUGUAAUAAUCUUUGAAAACUGGUAAAAAAAAUGAAUGUGUUUUUGUUACGUUUUUCCACUAACGUAAUCGUCUGCAAUUGCAUAACCCUUUAUCCUUUGAGUGAUCAAGACAGAAUUUCCCCUUACGAUGUCAAUACAAUAUCAAGUAGACAAGCGAUGAGAAUAAAGAAAAAUAUCAAUUAGGAAUAGUUAGUUGAUCCAAUACCAAAUUCUGCAAACAUUACGAGCAGACGGCGAGGAGAAUUACCAAUAAAAUCUUGGGAGUGAAAGUAUUAACAUUUAUCUUACGUGGAGCCUAACUUUGAUUUCAGGUUCAUAAAUUCGCACAAUCGUAAGCAAGUUGGUUUUCAAGUAGCUGUAAAUCAUCUGGCAGAUCGCUCACCUGAAGAGCUCAGAGUACUUAGGGGGCGUACUUAUACAGAAGGAUACAACGGUGGCCUUCCAUUUAAACCAGACUUGUCAACUUUGAAGGAUGUCCCGGAUACUAUGAAUUGGCGACUUUAUGGUAACGCCUUUUACGUGUGAUGGAAAAAUGUAAUAGCAGUUUUAUGAGUGAAACUUUAAUCGUAAAGGUAGAUUUUUCGCAUUCUCGAAAUUUUUAUUAUUUCUAUGACAUCACGUAUUAAUUUUAAAACAUCCAUUAUGGGGAAAGUUAUAUGUUGGUUUGAAAAAUGUGUUUAUUGUAUACUUGCACUCUAAGUUGGAAGAUUUUAGAAACAGUGGAGAAUUGUAAAUGAUUUUCACGUUGUGGCGGUGAGUUGAAAUGAGUAAUGCAUCUUAUAAGAAGCUUUGAUAAAAUAAUUAAAUUCUCAUUGCUCUUUCGUUGUGAAGAGAAUUAACUGAUGUCGACUGAAAUUCCUUGUGUUGGCACUGAAUUUCAGACAAGUAGAUUAAAGUAGCUGUUUGCGUCGAUUUUAGGAGCGGUGACCCCUGUGAAAGAUCAAGCAGUGUGUGGGUCGUGUUGGAGUUUUGGCGCCACCGGAACAAUUGAAGGUGCAUUGUUUCUCAAGGUAGAUAUAUUCAGUUUACUCUCAGAACUCCAAGCGAAUCGAAACAAAGCUUAUAUACACAAUUAACCUUCGGAUUUUCCUGCCUUGUGAUUCAUCACAAGUUGUUUACUAGCGCUUUUUACAACAGAUUCUACCAUUGUCAGACCCUCAUGCUUAACAAGUAGGAUAGCAUUACUAUCACCACUAUUUAUAAUUUCCUGCAGACGAAGAAUCUUGUCCGCCUUUCUCAACAAAAUCUGAUUGAUUGUUCUUGGGGUUUUGGUAACAACGGAUGUGAUGGCGGAGAGGAGUUCCGAUCAUAUCAGUGGAUAAUGAAGCAUGGUGGUAUAGCGACGGAAUAUACCUACGGACAGUAUCUGGCACAGGUGAGUGUUAAAAAAUCAAGGAACUUAUACUCGGUAGAGUGGUUUCUUCUGUUUUUCUGACUAUUUUUUAUUCGAUCUACUCAGGAUGGGAGAUGUCACUCAGGGACUAUUGGUGCCAAAAUAGAAAGCUAUGUAAACGUUACCUCAGGAGAUCUUGAAGCGCUCAAGAUUGCCAUUGCUCAGAAAGGACCAGUAGCAGUUGGAAUAGAUGCUUCGCACAGGUCGUUUGCUUUCUACUCGUUUGGAGUGUACUACGAGCCUCAGUGUGGUACGUCUUAAGUUACUAUCCAACCAUGAUUAGCAAUUCUCUUAAGCGAAAGUCUUCCUAAAUCAAGCUGUUGAAAAUUCAGUGUAGAGAAAGAAGGUAAUGGAUCGUAUGCAUUUUGCAUCAGAGUUUUCCAAUUAAAUAACUUUUACUUUAAACUUCAACAAUAACUUUUUCCAAUUAAAGUUGUCUAAUAGUAUCCACUAAUUCCCCAACAUUUCCGAAUGUUUAACCUUUUUUCGGUUUUUAGACCAAUGUAUGCACAUAGCCGACUUUGUUAGCUUUAAAUAACAUAUUUUCACUCUCUGUUAGGAAAUAAACCCGAAGAUUUGGAUCACGCAGUGCUUGCCGUUGGAUACGGCACCAUGAAUGGGCAAGCUUACUGGCUGAUAAAGAAUUCGUGGUCUACACACUGGGGCAACGAUGGCUAUGUCCUCAUGUCUCAGAAGGAUAAUAACUGUGGUGUUGCGACAGAUGCAACCUUUGUUAACUUAGAGUAGCUUAGAAUCGCUUGGCUGCUUAAUUCAAAUCAUUGAACGAAUCGGUUUUAAACUAAAGUAGAAUCUGGUUCUUUCAGUGACUGAAACAGCUUCUUAACUCUAGAGGGCUGAAACUAAAACUAUAAACUAUCUGGUGAAUAUUGUAAAUGAUUCGCGAGAGCAGUAGCUUAUUAAACCUAUUUUCGCAAAGUUUGUGUAUUGUUUGACCUGAUGGGGC